CUCACGCGGGCGGGCGGCCGCCUCUGUGCGGAGGCUCCCCCACCGCCGCGGCUGGAGCCCAGAGCGGGGCGGUGCUUCCACGAAGAAGGCGACCGGGUGGCGCGGCCUUGAAGAGAGCCGGCGGGAAAUGGAGCCCUGCUGCCGCUCCCUGGGACGCCUGCUCCGCCAAGGCCUCAGCCGCCGAGCCCGCCUGUUCCCCGUUUAAAAGCUCUCCCGCCCGCCUCGCAAGCCUCGCUUCUCCUCGGCGGUGGCGGCGCCGGAGAUGAGCGAGCGGCCGCCGCCGCCUCCUCCUGCGCCUGCGAAGCCGGGAAGAAGGCGAAGCAGCCGGUCGCUUUGGUCGCCGUAGACGCCGCCGAAGCAGCCGCCGCCCGGGCGAUGUGGAGCUUGGGCGCGACGGCGCUGCAGCUGCUCUCGCGGGCGGCCAAGCACGCCUUCGCCCAGGGAACCCGGCAGGACCUGAACCGCUGGCUGCCCAGGCAGGGGGCGGCGACGGCGGCGGAGCCGAGCGAGGCGCCGGGCCGCGGAGGAGCCUCCGAGGGGCUGUUUUGGGGAGAGCAGAACGGGCUGCACCAUUACCCGCCGCCGACGCCGCCUCCGCAGCACCACCCUUCCGUGGAGCCGUCGGUGGAGAUCCUGCUGUGCCAGCUGCCCGAAGUAGGUCCCGGCUUGUCCGAGGGCAGGACGUGGCGCUGCUCGGGCUGCCUGCUGGGCACCUGCUGGUGCAAGAGCUGCCUGAGCGCGUGCUUCUUGGCGGCUCUGUGCUUCGCCUCGCUCGCCCUGGUGCGCCAGUACCUGCGGGACCUGAUGCUGUGGGCCGAGAGCCUGGACAGCCUGGCCGGCGUGCUGCUCUUCACCGUGGGCUUCAUCGUGGUGUCCUUCCCGUGCGGCUGGGGCUACAUUCUUCUCAACGUCGCCGCCGGCUACCUCUACGGCUUCGUGCUGGGUAUGGGCCUCAUGGUGCUGGGGGUCCUCAUCGGCACCUUUAUCUCCCAUGUGGUCUGCAGGAAGCUGCUGGCAGAAUGGGUGCUGGCCAGGAUCCAGGGCAGCGAGAAGCUCGCCGCUGUCAUUCGCGUGGUGGAGGGAGGAAGUGGCCUCAAGGUGGUGGCUCUGGCCAGGCUCACCCCGAUACCCUUCGGGCUCCAAAACGCCGUCUUCUCUAUAACAGAUCUUUCAUUACCAAACUAUCUGAUGGCUUCUUCCAUUGGAUUGCUUCCAACUCAACUCUUAAACUCCUAUCUGGGCACCACCUUGCGCACUAUGGAGGAUGUCAUUGCAGAACAAAGUGUUAGUGGCUACUUCAUUUUUAGUUUACAGAUUGUAAUAAGUAUAGGCCUCAUGUUUUAUGUUGUCCACCGGGCUCAAGUGGAAUUGAAUGCAGCCAUAGUCGCAUGUGAAAUGGAAAUGAAGACAUCACUUGUUAAAAGCAGUCUACCAAGCAACAGCAAUUCAUCCUUUUGCAGCAAGAGGACGCUUGCAUUUUCUGGAGGAGGAAUUAACAUUGUAUGAGUCCCCCCCCCCUCCUCCCGAAGUAUUAUAUUAACUUUCUUUGUGAAUCUGGACAACCUAACAUAUUGCCUAGACAUCUCAAAAAGACUUAAAUCCCAAACAGUGGAGGAUGCGUUAUAGUUCAAACAACCUUGGUGGUUUUUAAAUUGCAAAAUGGGCGGCUUUUUGUAAGGUGGCUAAGUGACUGUAAAUAUAGAUGUAAGUCUGGCUGCACCUUUUGUCAUUAUUAUACGUGUCAUGGCCUGUAGUCUGCACUUUAGGUUUGUUUUGUGUUUCCUUUUUCAAACAGAGAAAUAAUGCCCUUAAAGCAAAUACCUUUUUCUUUUCUGCUUAGUGUUAUUUAUAAGGCUGACUAAUAAUAUACAGUAGAUCUUUAAUACUGGCGAAUGAGUGUAAAGUAUGCCGCUCCAUGUACAGUACUCUUGAAUGUGCUUAGCUUUCAAAGUAUUUCCAGAAAGCAGUAUGUUCUUCUCUCACGAGCAAGAGGGCAAUCCAGCAAAGGGAAGGUUCUGCUUCUUAGGGCUGGGAAGGCAAAACUCUAGUACUUUCUGAAAAGGACAGCUCUCUCUCCCAGUAUCCACAGUCAUUUCCUGUCUGCGACAGGUUACAGGGUUUCUCCACAGUUCUUUUGGGGACCUGCUAAAAAGGAAAGUGCGGGAGCAUUUUUGCUAUUUGGGGACUAUUUGGCUCCCUUACCUUGCUUUUUUUUAAUUUCUUGUGGGGCCAGGGGGAGAACACAUUAUAUAAAUAUUUGGUUGAAUGUAUUUUUGUAAGCCACUGAAAUAUUGUGGAGCCAUUCAUAAUUUUCCACGCAAGUUUAAAUCCUACAUUGUGGGACUGAAGUGCUCUUAUAUAACGUUUUAAGUUACACUGUGUAAUAUGCAAAGUAAAAGAGAAACUACAAAGAACUUAAUAUGAUUGUGGCCAAUAGCAGUCUGAGGGAGAACUUGUAGGUGAAAUACAAGUCUUUGACCUGGUUUUAUCAUCCUCGUUAGUGACGAAAAGGGCUCUUCCAUUACAAUCCCAUUUCUAGCUAGUUAGAGUUUUGGGGGGGGGGGUGUAGAUUGGCUUCGCUUUGUACUGAGCACCACAAGACUUGCAAAGCAGGAGGAACUAAAUCUCUCUGAAAAUACUAUGGUACUAACAAAUAACGUGGCCUUUAUUUUAUGGGGAAGACCUUUUGGUUUUUCUUGAAUAAAAGCUUUAAAAAUCAACACAGUUCCUCCCUAAUACUUUUCCUCCGGUCAUCAAAUGAUGCUUUUCUGGUAUGUUUUGUGCAGUACGUUGGUACUUGUACCAGUGAAAUGCUGUGAAGAUUGCAUGUGCCCCUUCUUGUUCUUUGCAUGUGUGAUACAUUUGCAAAAAUUAGGAAAAACAGGUUUUCCAUCUUAAAAAAA